GGCAGCCGGCAGCCGGCAGCCAGCCAGUUCGCUGCCCGCCUCCAACAGGGAAGGAUACGUGUUCCGUGCCGCGGUGAUCCCGGCCGCCCGUGUAGUGAAUCGCUCGCAACGAAGUGUUGCCGGUCGGCUCGUGUGUGUCACCUGUGGAUUUGUCUGUUGUUUUGUCGCCAACCGUGUCGUGUGCCACGAUGUGAUUGGUGGAAUGUGUGCGUCAGCCAACGAGAAAGAACGAAGAAUUCCAUCAAGAUAGCUGCGUAAAACCUGUUGUGAAUAACCGAGUGCAAGUGACAUAUCGUGCGUCAAGAUGAUGUCCGAAGGCUACUUGGUGGGCGACGGCUCGUGGAACCUGCGGGUGUUCGUCACGGACCUGCAGGUGGAGCGGUCGCUGCGGGUCAAGGGAGAUCUUCACAUCGGCGGCGUCAUGCUGCGUCUCGUCGAGGACUUAGAGGUGUCAAUGGACUGGUCCGACCACGCGCUGUGGUGGCCCGAGCGCAACUGCUGGCUGGCGCGCACGCGCUCCACGCUGGACCAGUGCGGCGUGCAGGCCGACGCGCGCCUGCACUUCACGCCCAUGCACAAGACGGUGCGCGUGCAGCUGCCCGACCUGCGCUACCUCGACACCAAGGUCGACUUCUCCGUCAAGACCUUCACCGCCGUGGGGCAGCUGUGCAAGGAGCUGGGUGUGCGGCACGCCGAGGAGCUGUCGCUGAGCAAGCCGCUGGAGCCGCAGCACCUCAAGCACAACCUCAAGGACAAGAAGGUGCGCAACGGCGACGCGCGCAUCAACGGCCAGACGCACCCGCCCGCCGACACCAACACGUUCAUCGCCACCGGCUCCCCGGCCGGCUCCAACGGCAGCCUGGACAAGCCCUUCCUGUGCGCGCCCGUCACCCCCACCCGCUCGCACACCUCCACCCCCAUCAGCUCGCCGCUCGGCACGAAUCAGAACACGCUGAAGAGGGGCAUGCACACGGACCUGAAUGGGACCUACGCCCCCCUCAACGCCCAUCACAACAUUACCCUGGAGUCGCUCAACGGCAGCCUGGACGCCUCCCUCGCGCAGAGCCCUGUCACGCCCAGCCAAGAAGCGCGGUCGCGCCUUGUCCGCCCCAAGUCCCUGGUCGAGCGCGCGCGCAUGAACGUUGCGUGGCUUGAUUCAUCCUUGUCUAUUAUGGAGCAAGGUGUACGGGAAUACGAUACAUUGUGCCUUCGCUUCAAAUUCUAUUCAUUUUAUGAUCUUAAUCCUACUAUUGACGCAGUACGCAUCAAUCAAAUCUAUGAGCAGGCCAAGUGGCAGCUGUUGAAUGAAGAAAUAGAUUGCACUGAGGAGGAGUCCCUAAUGUUUGCUGCACUUCAGGUGCAAGUCAACUUACAAGCUGGAGUACCACAACCACAGUCGGAAAAUACAAAUGGCACUGCUGAAGAUGAUAUUGAUGCUGCCUUAUUAGAUCUUCAAGUUACUCUGGAAGGAACUCAUAUAAGCAAUGGGGGUGACAUCACUCAUGUACCAGAGCUCUUUAACUACCUGCGUUUUCUAAAGCCGAAACGAUUUACACUGCGGGCUUAUAAGCGAUACUGGUUUGCAUGUCGAGACCUUCACUUAAGCCUUUAUAAAAGUCAAGAAGAAGCAAAAGCUGGGGCUGCUCCCCAGUACACAAUAAAUCUACGCGGGUGUGAAGUUACACCUGAAGUAAAUCUCCAACAAAGAAAAUAUGACAUAAAGCUUGAGGUUCCAAGUGCAGAGGGAAUGUCAGAGAUGAAGAUCCGUUGUGAUACGGAAGAACAGUAUGCUAAGUGGAUGGCUGCUUGUCGACUAGCCGCCAAAGGGAGAUCUCUGGCUGACAGCUCUUAUGAUGCUGAAGUGAGAUCAAUCCUAGCAUUUCUGCAACUUCAGCAUCCUGCUCCAGCCCCUGUAAUAAACCCUCAAUCACUAGACAUUAAUCCUGAAGACUAUGUGGCGCCACGAUUUGUGAGGAAACUGAAGGGAAAACUUGUUCAGAGGAUUCUUGAAGCACAUGCAAAUGUUAAGGACCUGCCCCUUAUUGAUGCCAAAAUGAAUUACAUUAAAGCUUGGCAAUCGUUACCUGAGCAUGGCAUUUCCCUAUUUAUAAUUAAGAUGAUGGGACACAAAAAGGAGGAGCUCUUAGGAGUAGCCAGUAAUCGUCUGAUGAGAAUGGAUAUAAACACUGGUGACCACAUUCAGACCUGGCGGUAUAACACCAUAAAGGCAUGGAAUGUAAAUUGGGAGGUCAAGCAUAUGAUGGUCCAAUUUGAAGAGGGCAAUAUUAUAUUUAGUUGUUUGUCAGCUGACUGCAAAGUCAUUCAUGAAUUUAUUGGUGGCUAUAUUUUCCUUUCAAUGCGAUCUAAAGAAGCCAAUCAGACUCUAAAUGAAGAUUUAUUCCAUAAGCUCACAGGAGGUUGGGUCUAGUCAUUCAAAACCCUCCAAUUGCUUGCUCUUGAAGGAAAUAUUUGUUAGUCUUUUUUAAUCUUUGUUUUCCUUUCAUACUGUUGAGAAAGAAUGUAACUGAAACUUAAUAUUGCUGCAAUUUAAUUGUGUAUGUUACCACUCCUAAAUUUCUCACUCUUUGUCUCAGUCUUUUACCAAUUUUCUGCUGGGAGACACUGACGUAAUUUAUGCAUGGUAUUUACCUGGAGCAGAAGCCUUCCUUACUUUCUCCAUGGUUAUUCUGAAGACUUCCAUUUUUUAAAAGAGCCAAUAUAAUAUAUGUUGCUUUUCUGUUCUUAGGAUUAUUUAUAAAAGUAUAUCUAAGACAAUGUUGUGUGUGCCUUAAAUUGCUAUACUAAAGUAGUUUCCAGCAUUCUAAAAUUGGCAGCUAAUUAGUCACUAAACCAUUAGUUAAAGAGUAUUUUUUUGUAAGUCACAUGAUUUUUUAAAUGCUUUUACAACCACAGAAGUAUAUCUUAGCUUUCUCUCAAUUUCCGCUAUACUUUUUCAAUAACUUGUUUUGAAUUUUUUUCAUUACAAAAUUUAGUAUUUCUGGUCCUGUAGUAGUGGUAUAAUUAAAUCACAUCGUGGGUUUGGGUUGUCUGUGUGGCCCGUACGGAUGGUUUUCAUCCCUUUAUUAUUUAUUGUUCUCCAAGAAAAAUGUUUGUGUGGAACUGAAAUUGAAAAUGGUGUUAAGUCGUCUUACUUUCCUCAAUAUUUUUGAUGUAGGGAGGGUUAACCGCCAGUCCAAAUCCAAAAACUAAUCUUACAAUGUCAUUUUAAGAAUGGUGCUAUUAAUGCUAAACAUAACAACAUUUGUAAAUUUUGUAAUUAAUCUAUGUUUGUUAUGUAAAUAUUGUGUUAAUUUUUAGGCACAUGCAUUCUUGCCAUGUGAAACAAUGCAAUUUGUUUACAGUCUGUCUAUAUGUGUGAAAACCUCCCUAUUGUAAUGUAUUUCAUUGCAGGAAAUGCAUGACUGGUCUUCUUACACUUGCAAGAGGCCAAGUCAUAUUGAAAGAUAAACGCUGUGAUUCUCGUAUAGGCAAUACUUUCUCACUUUUUCUAAAAUUCAUCACCUCUUUGUGAGUAAUUUCUCUUUAUGCCCUUGUCUCAAAUUUUGGAUGCAUAUUAGAUGUAUUUUCUGUGCAACUGUUUGACCAGACACUUAUGUAAUAUAAAAUCAUAGUAUUUUGUAAUUAACUGCAUGUUAUUGUUUGGACCUAGAUGUCUAUUGAGCGCUGUGAAUGAGCUUUGUAUAUUGUGUAUUUUUAACUUCAUUGUGUUUCUCAAGGAAUAAUUCAAGGGACAUGAUCGUAAAAUUAAUUUAUUUUCUGCACAUGAAAUUUCAAGGGUACCUUUUUAUGGUCUGGAAACUGCUCUGCAAGACGACUCACUUGCAAUAGAAAUUGUUGGCUGGUUAAUUAUUUUUGUAGAACCAUUCAAUCCUGGGAAAAGUGACUCUUUCUUUAAACUGUAAGCAAAUAUUUUAAUGCUUUUCUCUAUGUGCUAUCUUGCACUUUUCAGUGCAGCUAGCUUAACUGCUGUUUUCAAUAAUAUGUGUGGACUUAAACUUUCUUUGUACUGAGUAUUUUUCCAAAGUUUAUUGUUGUAACUUGUUGUGAUGUUGUAGCUAUAUGAUGAAUUAUUGACCAGAUGACGACUUAAUGAGACUGGCAGCGUUGUCAAUAUCCGCUGUGAUAGACAUUCAGACAAAAGCAGACCCCUAGGCUAAACUUUUAUAAUGCGUCAGAUGCACAUUCAAUGCAUACUACGCACAUUAAGAGACCAAUAUGUAACAUUUUGUACGGAUUUCUACAUGCAUUACACAUUGGCACUGCGGGGUUUGUGGGGCGAGACAGAAAGUAUUCAUGCGACUGACAUUGACCAAAAAGAGACAAGGUGUAUCAGCAAGAUUGUAAAAUUCAUCAUUUAUCCACAACAUCACACUUGACAGUAUAAUGUAUCUUCAGCUGUGUCCUCUGCUAACGCAUUCUUUUAACCAUUAAAAAUCUUGGUUGAUUUUAGAUUUGAGGUCAGGUAUUUGAUUGUUAAAGCCAAUGCUAAUAAUUUAGAGGGCCUGGUUUACAUAAAAGGGAAAAGCAGUACUUAAAUUUAUGAGCUUUGCUCAGUUUGACAAGCACUGUUCAAAUAAAGUUAAUUAUUGCCAUUAAUAAGGAACCUCUACUCCAAAUCAGCCAACUAUGUUUAACUGUGUACAUAAAUUUUAGAAGUUUGAAAAAGAAACAAAUUUGAUA